GUGUAAUAAAGUGGACAACUAAUAUGAAACGAAAUAGCAAAAAUAGGUAACAACCAUACAAAAAAAAUGAAGGUAAUAAUGUGCCUUAUCUUCUCGUGAUAUAGUACAACAUUCACAAUUCACAACCACCAUUUUACAAAAUUGCAAAUUCAUUUCAAGCUCAAAUAUGAAGAAUAUUAGAGUUUUGGUUAUCCUAUUAUUUGUUGUUGUUGCUUCUACAUUACUACUUAUUUGGUCAGCAGAAUCAGUACCAACACCAACUCCAUGGCCACAACAAUUUCAUUCAUUAUUGUUUGUUAAUUACAAUGGAUCACUAAGUUUAAUUGACCUUUGGUAUGAUUGGACCAAUGGACGUAACUUCAAUAUCAUACAAGAUCAGCUAGGUAAGCUUCUGUAUGAUCUGGAAUGGAACAAUGGCACUAUAUAUCGCUACACUUUAGACGAUAAAAAGAAGUGUAGCGUAGCACAGAUUGAUGUUGGAGUUCUUCCACCAAAUUGGCUUCAUGGUGCUACUUAUCUUGGUCAGGAGUUAUUCGAUGGAUUUCUCUGCAACGUUUGGCAGAAGGUUGAUUUCGUUUGGUAUUAUGAAGAUGUCGUUACAAAACGACCAGUCCAUUGGAUUUUCUAUACCGGAAGGUCUAUUCAUGUAAUGACUUUCGAGGUGGGAGCAGUUCUCGAGGAUGCAAAAUGGCAAGCGCCUGUAUACUGUUUCGAGAGCAAACAAGUUAAAGAUCGCACUGCAUCAGACAACAGUAUCACGGCCAUCGGCUCAGAUGGUUUUCUGAGAGAGUUCAUAUAACCAAUUAUCUAAGUAGCUAGCUAGAUGUUUUUAGUAAUGUAAACGUAUCUGUCAUGUAUCGAGGAAAUGAGAUCCUUUGCCCUCCUACAAUUUGAAUGGAAGAAAAUGACCUUUCCGAUCUCUCAUGUGAAAAACAUUAAACCAUUUGUCCCGGCUCUAUUGACAAUAAGAAGCUUGCUGAGAAACAGUUAUUUCA